UAGUAAGAAACAAACUUAAAUUAAUAUUCCCCCAAUAAAUCCCUAAUGACUUUAGUUCAGUUCAUUACUUUAAAAGCAAAACCAUUUAUUGCAGCAAUGCCACACGUGCAUGUUCUUCGUAUUCAACUUAAAAGGGAAAAAAAAAAAAAGGGAAGAGCUCAAAAACAAAGGCUGAUAAAGUUGAUUGGUUAAUUGCAAUUAAAAGAGUAAAAAAGCAAAGGCCAGUCAGCAGUGGAAAUAGUACGAGCAGAGCAGGGCAGCCCAGCACGGCAACACUGCUCGCCUCUUCAAAUCUCGUUUCUCGGGCCACGGUCCACCAGAGGACACUUUCGUUUGCUCUCUCCAUAGAAAAGAGAGAGAAGGAACCGGAAAUCCAAAUGGUGGAGGGUGUCAAGGUGAUGAUGAGAUAUGAAUAAGCGUUAUCUUGGGCUUGACGGACUUUUCAUCAAAAAUCCCAGGGAAUUUAGAACAUUGCCUAGGGUUUUUGUGAGAAGACAAUUUAGGUGGGAGAGUGAGUUUUCAUGGGUUGAACUGAUGAGUUAAUGAUGGGGAGUUUAAGUGAAGAGGAAGAUCAAUUUUUUGACACCCGUGAAGAUAUCAUCUCUGUAUCUGAUUCAGGAUCUGAUUGCCCCGAGAAUUCUGAUUUUGAGUAUGCCCCGCCCAUUAAUUCAGUGCCAGCUAACUUUGGAUUUGAAGUUUGGAUUAAAAACCUCAGUAGCAUUCGUGAACGGCGGGAUAAAUUUCUUAAAUGGAUGGGUUUAAGUGUAGAUCAGACUGUCAGGGAAGGUCCCUCUAACAUAUGUUGUGAUGAAAUUGAAGUGGAGACUGAUAGAAUUAUGGAGAAGAGUGGAGCAGUCUUAGGAUCAUCAAGUUUUGAUGAUGGUUUUUCAUCAAGUCAGUCUUCCAUGUCUUGUUGGUCAAGUGAUGCCAGGGAGUUGUUAGAUGGGGCAUUGGAUGAUAAUUUUGUGUGUAGGAUUAAAAAUUUGGAUGAUGGGACAGAGUUCAUUGUGGAUGAACUUAGUCAGGAUGGCAUGUUCAGGAGUCUGAGAGAAGUAGGUUCUAAUCAUUUGCUUACCAUUGAUGAGUUUGAAAGGAAGCUUGGCUUAUACCCUCUAGUUCAACAAGCAAUGCGUCGGGAAGUCAAAGAGGUUUCCAGUUUAGGGCCAGAAAGAAAGCGGGGAAAAAGAGGGUGGCUUAGGCGAUUAGGAGCUGUUGCUUGCAUUGUUAAUAGGCAGGUUGAUGCUACUCAUAUGAUAUCCAAUGAUUGUUAUCCAUAUGCAGAGACUAGGAUUCAAAUGGUUCGCGUUAGAUCUUACAAGAAGCGGUUGAAGGAGUUCUCAGCUCUUUACAUGGGACAAGACAUCCAAGCCCAUGAGGGGUCAAUCUUAACAAUGAAAUUUAGCCCUGAUGGUCAAUAUCUUGCAAGUGCAGGUGAAGAUGGUAUCGUGCGUGUGUGGCAAGUUGUGGAGUCUGAAAGAUCAGGGAAUUCUGACAUUCAUGAUGUCAAUCCUUCAUAUUUCUACUUCACAGUAAACAACUUUUCUGAAUUAGUUCCUCUUCACGCAGACAAAGAUAAAAAAGGAAAAUCGAAUAGUGUGAAAAAGAGUUCAGAUUCGACUUGUGUCAUUUUCCCUCAGAAAGUUUUUAGAAUUUUGGAUAAGCCUAUCCAUGAGUUCCGUGGGCAUUGUGGCGAGGUCCUGGACCUCUCAUGGUCAAAGAAUAAGCAUAUUCUAUCAUCUUCUGUUGAUAAGACAGUUCGCUUGUGGCAAGUUGGAUAUGAUGAAUGCCAAAAAGUUUUUUCCCACAAUAAUUAUGUAACAUGUGUUCAGUUUAAUCCUGUGGAUGAUGAUUACUUCAUAAGUGGUUCCAUAGAUGGGAAAGUGCGCAUCUGGACAAUUCAUGAUUGUCAAGUUGUUGAUUGGACUGACGUGACUGAUAUUGUUACAGCUGUGUGUUAUCGUCCUGAUGGAAAGGGUGCAAUUAUUGGGUCAAUGACUGGCAGUUGCCGCUUUUAUGAUGCUUCAGAUAACCAUCUGCAACUUAAUGCCCAAAUAUGUUUGCAGAGUAAGAAGAAAUCACCAUGCUGUAGGAUAACUGGAUUCCAGUUUUCACCUGGGGAACCAGAUAAAUUGAUGGUCACUUCUGCUGAUUCACAAGUUCGAAUCCUCCAUGGCGUUGACGUGGUAUGCAAAUUUCGAGGCCUGCGGAACGCAGGGAGCCAGAUAUCUGCAUCAUUCACCUCAGAUGGAAUGCGGAUUGUAUCAGCAAGUGAGGAUUCUAAUGUAUAUGUGUGGAACUAUGUUAGGCAGGAUGGGCCGGUGCCCCAACCAAAGAACAAUUGGUCUUGUGAACGUUUUUUCUCAAAUAACGCAUCAGUUGCUAUACCUUGGUGUGGGAUGAAUUCUAGAAACCCUAUUUUCUCAAAAAUGUCGGAAACUUCAUCAUCACCCAAAGUUUCUUAUAGCACAUGGAGGUGUGGGGUAUUGCAAUCUGAGUUAGGUGAGAGCUCUCAACACCAAUUGCCAUUCUCCUCAUCUGAACGUUUCUCGCUGGGCCAUGAAUUUUUCUCAGAAUCUUUGCCCAAGGGUACUGCAACCUGGCCAGAGGAAAAGCUCCCCCCUCCAAACUCCUUGGUUGUAUCUUCUGCAAUGUGUAAGUCUCAGUACAAGUUGCUUAAGACAUCUUCUCAUAGUGCAUUUGGAUCUUCUCAUGCAUGGGGCCUCGUUAUUAUAACUGCCGGCUGGGAUGGACGGAUCAGAUCAUUCCAAAAUUACGGAUUACCAAUCAACCUUUAGCUUUAUUGAAAUGACUCCAAAAUUUUGCUGUUUGAUUUUGGCAAAACAAGAAUUACAUUACACACAUUGAAGCUUUUGGCAUCCAGAUUUGGGGCUAAAAUGAUUGACGCUAGGUUGAUUCCCAUAUGUGUAUAACUUGGCUUAAGCUACACCCAAAGCUAUAUCAGGACGUGGUGUUGAACAGACAUGCAUUUGCAUGAGCACUGGAUCUGACGUCAAUGCAAUCCUUUUCUUUUUGCUGGCCAACCAGGGUUGUCGGGUCUGUUACCAUGGAAUAAAAUCUUAAUUGUAGUCAAUAUUCUUUCUUGUACUUUUGUUGAGCCGGAUGUGAAGAAAUGGCGGGUUGGAUUUAAGUGGAUCAGAUGUCCAGUUUAACAAUAUUAUUCUUUAAUUUGUUAAAGUGAAAACCCAAAUUACAGGUUCAUGCCAAGAAGUCCCAUAUGAGGUUUUGUAUAUUGCUGUACAACUGGAGAUGUUUUGGUGGGGUCUUUUGGAAGACUCAUGUUUUAGAGUACACAAGGAAGAGAAUUAUAGCUGGUGGCCAGGAGUUAUUUCUGAAAAAAUUAGUGGGGCUUGUUUCCUUUCAUGAUUUGUUGGGUGAUUGAAUAAUUGGCCAUUGUGGUGCAUUAACAGAUUUUGGACCAUUCUGAUGGCUGCUUGCAUUCUCUUAAUAGGAUGGGGUCAUUGUCAAAUGACUGGUACGUCUAUUUCCACAUUGGAGUGAUAUGCUACACUUGGAUUGUGGUCUAGUGCCACUAAGCCAAGCCAAGUCUUCUGUCUUCAGCCUAGGGAGAGGUAUUUGGUCUGCAAAACAUUGGCUUGUUAGCCUCAACCCCUUGUGAUGCAGGUAAGUAUUCAGCAGCCAUAAUUAAUCAAUUCAGAAGCUUUUUAUUUAAUUUUUUAUUACCCUUGGAGCCAAUUGCGAGGGUUGAUUAUGGAAAAGAAAAAUUUGCAAAAAAGGAUUUGAUGUCUUUUUUUUU